AUGACUUCCAGAGAUCUUCCAUCUGUCAUCAGACAGCCGGAAUCGUCUUCCCGUAUCCCCGUUGCAGUUACCAGGCCGUCGGACAUCUCGGGGGACUAUAAGGAUAAGAGAUACUCGGCCGUUUCUCCCAUGGCGUCACCAACAUUAGGUGUAAGAGACAGUGGAAGCAGCUUUUGUGUCUCGCCGAUCGAGGAAUCGAACAAUACAAUUUCCCAUGAGCGAAAGAUCUCAACAGGAGACUAUUUCGGUGACUUGACGGCGAGUAAAAUGAAUGUCGAUGCUCCUCCCUUGACGGUAUCGCCUCCACGAUCGAAGAAAAAAGCGGUUGCUUUUAAAUCUGGAGUGCCUGAGGAGAUACCAUCGCGAGAGGUAGAGUAUUCUCCGGCAGAUGAAGAACCACCUGUUCCACAAGCAAGCUUUCUAGACCCAGCUAUUGAGCCUCCUAGAUUCAGAGAGCCUCAGUACGAGAAGUUCGAGAACGAUAGAUCGAAUUUCAAUCGGUCCCCUCUCCAAGGUCCUGCUUAUGAGCGCAAAGAUCCUGAGACCCCAAGUUUCAGGGAACCUAAUUAUGGGAAACCAGACUUUGAACAGCCAAGUGUCAGUCGCUCUCACCAGGCUCCAAUCCGUGAGCGACCAGUUCACGCGCAAGCAGCCCCAUGGGAUGCGCACUCUGGCGAACCUACCUUGGCUAAACCUGGGAAAAUUGGCCAAGUGGAAUCACAUCAUACCACUUCCCAGAAACCUAUAGGCUCCACAUCUAGCUUCCUCAACUGGGGUCGUGAGCAAUUCCAUUCCAAGAAAAUCGCUCAGGCAGCCCGCAGUCGAAUUGCCAAUUUCUCUAAAACUGAAGGCCCUCCACUCAAAGACACCGAGCCUUGGUUAAGAGAUGGCGCUCAUAGAGGGAGACGAAAAUCGGCAUCACGUGGCGGCCAGCAUGAGAAGCGCCCCAUACGCGCCAGCAACACGGACGCAACACGAAGGUCUUCUCUUACCGGGUUUGUUCCGACAACCGUGACGACGAUCACUGCCGGCGGUCCAAGUACGUUGCCGCAGAGACCAGCCCCAGCAAAGGGCCAACAACACAAUCCGCGAACCGAACAACGAGCGCUCAGGCCAGAGCCAAGGCUUGAUACAUCGAUUGAUACAAUGCGGUUCACUGCUGGUGUUCAAUUCGGUGGUGCCACAAUCGUGCCAAGAUCUGGCAGUCCUGCUCCUGGUUUCAGUCCACAGGAUAGUCAAAGCGAUAGUCCUCGAGAUAGUCCUAGGGAUGCUACCCAUCAAUAUGAUUCGAGCAGCGAAGAUAAGUCUACGGAAGAGACUCCUUCUAUCAUGUCCCGUCGGCGCCCAAUCCCCAUCUCUAUGCCAACAUCAAAGAAGCCUGUUCGAAAACCGACCCCAGCGGAGGCUUCCCAAGAGGCAACCGGUGUGGAAAAAACACCCGUGGAUCUUCCAAAGGACUCCGUGAGUCGAGUUCAGGCAAUGGAGACCAGACGGGAUGAUCUUGGGAAACGUCGAGCCAAUCUGGAAACCGUGAUUAGAGAAUUGACCCGCGUCAUCCAACCUACUGCUAUUGCAUAUGAUCGUGCCGCCAAGGAAGAAGUGAAAAGAACCGUUCAGAGCAUGGAGAAUGAGAUUGCAGAUAUCAAGCGAGAGGAGCAUGAUCUUGGAAUGAAGAUCAGUCGAGCGUGGAGGCGCUUGGAUGAGAACAGCAACGGCGAUGGAAGUAAUCUAUGGAUUAAGCGGGUCACCAGUUAA